CCCGGAUGAGACGGACAGCUGGCACUCAGAGAGGGGCUGAGGGGUCCGACGCGGAGGAGGAGCACCGACACGAGGAGCACCGACAGACCGGCUCGGUGGGGACCGAGGAGAGAAGAGGAAAAGCAAAGCACACGGCGGACCCUGAGAGCCUCGUCCUCCACUGCCCGGUGGACAUCUGUCCCUCGUGUCGACCACAUGCUCCGUCACGAGAGAUAACUCACCAAACCGGCAGAAACCUCGUUCUCCGGGGCCCAAGCCGCCCUCUGGACCCUCUCCGGGAGAUCAGAGCGACACAAUCACAGGUCCUUCUCUUCUCUCCGAUAAGGGUCAGACAUAUUUCAGGGGCCUGAAACUCGAGACCCAGCCAGCUCCCUCUGGAGGGUCCCAGAGGAGCUUUUAAGGGAACGUGUACUUGGAGGAUAAGAUCGCUGUGGUGACGGAGGGGAUGGGGAACAAGAACGCCAUCUCGCCGCAAGGUCCCGCCACUGGGACCACGCAGAGAGAGGAAGGGGCGUGCAUCCACAGUGCCUCAGGAAGUGUCUCCAGAGAUGGACCCCCGGGCCCCAGCCCAGAGCUGCUGGCCUCCCUGCAGUCCCUCAGGGAAAACAGUGACUACUCAAUGCUGCCACACUCCCUGCACCAGAUCGCGGAGGCCUACUCGCUCAAAGAGGACUACCAGUGGGCCAUCCAGUUCCUGCAGCUGGAGAAGCUCUACCACGAACGCCUGCUCUCCAACCUCGCCGCCCUGCAGGAGAACUGGGAGAGCCAGUGGAGAGAGAGGAAGAGCGACGGAAGCGUUUCGCCAGCCGAGACGGACGGCAUCGGUCAGAAACACAUCGAGACGCUGAGCCAGAUCUGCAGGACACACCUCCGACCAUCCAUCAACGUGGAGCAGAGCACAAUGAAUUCAACACUGAAAGACAUUCAGGGCGAGGGAGAGAUGCUACAACCCUGUCGCGAUGAAGUUAACAAGACUGAAACAACACACCAGGAUGAAGAACAACAGCAAAGCGUGGACCCCGAGCUUCCCGCAGCACAGACAAGCCAUCAGGAGGGAAGUGAGGAGGAGGAGGAGGAAGAAGAAGAAGAGAUGUGUGAGGAAGGACAGGAAGUAGAAGAGGAGGAGGAGCCGUGCGAGGAGACGCCAGAGGAGGAGGUGAAGGUAGAGUGGCCCUCAGGAGUCCCCCAGGCUUCAGACAAGGACCUGGACCAGCUGUCCCACACAGAGGGGAGCUCCUCCCCCGACGCUCUGGUCUCCAUUCUGAAGAGGAGGAGAGCGUCGCUGGAUGGAUUGCCUCCGCCGAGCGACACCGCCACGAAACAGAGCUCCAAGCGCAAAGUUCGCUUCAGUGAGCCGGAGGAAGGCGUUGAGCAAGAUGAGACGGGCGGAGACUCCUGCCUGAUCCUGCUGCUGCUGUGCCUGGUUACCGUGGUGAUCAGCAUCGGCGGCACGGCCCUCUUCUGCACGCUGGUGGACACUUACUCCAACAUUUGCACCGACUUCACUCACAACGUCGACUUCUACGUCACCAACGCGCGGAGGCUCCUGGAAGGGCUCGCCCGCUGGCUGCCCCUCCGGACGUAGGACCCCGUUUCAUCUGCAUCUCCGGAUCCGGAUGUUUUUAGGAACAAGAGAGCGUCGCCAUAUCCAGCCGGACUGGCGUGGGGUCCACAUUUUAACCUCUAGCACAGCACAACAAAUACGAUUCAUUUUAUUUUGAAAACCCCUGACCCAAAGAAACCUUUAAUGACCCUGUCACCGAAGAGGGGAGUCUCACCUCAAGACGAGAGGCUCCUCUUAACAUUCCUCUCAUCACCGAUGUAUACGAAGAGAAACGUUGGACUGUGUGAUUCUUAAGCGCAGCGUCCCAGUGCGUGUGCAUUCAGGGACGGCGUGCACUGUGGGAAUAUCCCAACACGCUGCAGUCAGAAUGCAAUAUAGUCGUUUAACUCAGGCACUGUGAUGUCCUCCCUUACGUGGAGUCAUGAUCGCACACAGGCGGUUUGAGGAGAGAAGUGUAUUGUUUUGUAUCUUCAUGUUUACCUACACUUGGCUCCAGGCACGUGCACAGAUAGACCCCUAGUGGUGCUCAAGCUCCUCCCCUUUUGCCCUGGAUGAGAAAACCCUUUUUCUGGAGACAAAUGUUUUCUUCAUUCAUCAGUAUUUAAGAAUAAAAAUUACUUUCUCUGUCAUCAAUUCCCUCCAAAUGUGUGUUGAUAUCUGACAGGGCUAUUUUUUUAUUUAUUUUUACACGACUACCCAUUAGCCAAUCAGAACGCUUGUACUGUCGUUGCCAUGUAAUAAUUCAUAUUUAUUCAUAAGGAAAAUGUAAGAUAGCGGUCUAAAUCCUGCCCAGAGGAGACGCAGGUCGAGGACCGCAUACUUAGUGGAAUGCUGCUUAUGUUUCAACUUUGUCAGAAAACAUUUUUGGCGAUGGAUGCCCUUUUUUGGGGGGUUUGAGCACCUGCCCCCCAAAAUGUCUGUGCACGUGCCUGCAUGCUCGGCUCUGAAGCGGAGCGAGUGGGAACAUCCAGUGGAGGUGGGUUGUGCGGAGCUCUGUGGACCAACAGUUGUGUUUCCUGUCUGGCACAAGUAACAAAACAUAAAAACACGGCUGGCAAUCAUUUAGAGAAAAAAAAUGUAAUCUAAAUUGUAUGUGUUUUUUUAUUGAUGUUUUUUUACCGAUUUCAACACAAUUCUUUUCAUACCUCUCCUUCUAAACUCCCAAUUGUAUGACGAUACAAGUGAUGAAUGUUAUUUCUGAAUUGUCUCUGUGGAUGUCGUGUUAUGCAAUCCACCGUACGGCUUUAUGUUUCUAUAUUUAUGUUCACUUGAGUCCACGAGGAGAUUACAAACAAAAGUAAAGUAA